UCCAUCUGUCAAAAAAUACAGUUUUGUUUGCGCUGUCACCGGUUGCCAAAUAAAUAAAUAAUUUACUUCACGUCGUUACAUUAAUUGUAAAAUAAAUUACUUAAUUUAAAGGCAUUAUGGCUGACUCCUUGCAUAAGAAUUUUGAAAUACUCCGCAACAUAUUCGAAGAAGUGUUGAAAAUGAAAAAUAGCUCGGGAGAACGUGACCGCGCAGAUGAAUUGACCGAGAAACGCAAAUACGCGUCAUUGCUCUUCGUGCUAAUUAAGAAAGUAAAUCGUAUGGUUAAAUAUAGUUUACGUUCCGGCCGUGAGGACUUGCAUCGUGAGAAGGUAAGUGUGGACAGCAAUCGUCUGCACUUACAAAACUUGCUGUACGAGGUUAAUCAUUUGAAGCGUGAGAUACGUUACUGCCAUAAGUUUAAAAGUCAAGAUGAAGAUAUUGAAUUGGUGCCAGAAGACGUUGAUGUGAAGUCGGAAGAUGAUAAGUCAUUGAUGCCUACAGACGUGUCACCACUGACAGGACAUGCCAAACAUUUGGCACGUCUGGAGCGUGAAUUGAAUUUGCGCAAACAGUUGUCAGCGCAAUGCAAGGAGCUGCUUAAUACCAAACAACAGGUGUUCAGAGAUAUUAUUUUGAAAACGGAGAAAUUAACAUCAUUCGCACCAUCAUUGCGCACUUUAUUGAAAGCAACACGACCACUACAAGAUGCGCUCCAGGUGCCAAUGGAUCGUGAGUGGAAGCUGCAGCAGUUGGUGCAGUUAUUGCCACAACCACUCUAUUUAGCAUAUAUGAAUUUACAUGCCCUAGAGUUGGCUAAAGAAUGCGAUGUUUGCGUUAUUGUUGUGGGUAAUGAAGAGGAUGUGCGUCAAUUGGAAAUUGCAGCACAGGCGGAGGUGAUUAAGAGUGGUGCCAGUUCGGACACGGAUGAGUUAGAUGUAGGUAGCGUUGCAAAGAAGCGUAAAACACAUGGUGGAAAUACCGAUUUGCUUGUGGAUCUAAUGCAAGAACAACGCAAACGAGUUUUACAACCACAUCCGCUUGAGUUGCGUUUUACCAUUGGUAACGGCGCGAAGAACACUGAAGAAUCGAUUGCAGUCAAAUUGCGUUAUUUUAAGCGUUUAGGUCUUGUCACUGCCGCUACGGUGGUGAGUUUGGGUGAUGCCGAACAGAAUUUAGCAGAUGCAACACUCACACAGGAUGUGCUCAAGUAUUUGCAUGAUGAGGAUGUUGGUGACACAAUACCCGUGCCAGGUGCAGAGUACGAGUUGAAGCAUAUUAAUAUGACACCGAAAGAUUGUCUAGAUUAUCUAAAAGCUAAAGAAUUUGGACGUCCAUACCGUUGGUUACAGACAAUGUGUUGCAUUGAAGUGUUCCACGAAGUUGGUGAUACAAAUACCGCUAAAACGCCAACAGAACAGCCGAAAUUGCAGAAGUUGAUACCAGAUUUAAUAAAAUCUAUACAACAACUCUGGACUUCCCGUUUGAACUUGAUUAAACAGAUACGUGCUUUAGUGCAAAAACAUAUUGAUAUGUAUCUGAAAGAGGAACGCUUACCUACAACACGUCCCGCUUGUAGUCUCGUACAAUGGACAGCACUCACUUACGAAGAGUAUGUCGCGUCAUCGCCACAUGUCGACAAAGAACUGAUCAACGGCAAUCAGCUAUUCUAUCGUGCCGUAGUCGUACGUGGUUCAGCAAAAAUGGAAUGUCUUGUCAGCAUAAGCAGCAAAUUUCCAACGGAAAGUCCGCAUUGGUUCAUUUGCAUUUAUUGGAAUGGUGAGCACAAUGCUUUGAACAGCGCGGCAGUGAAAUCGAUGGAGUUUUGGACGAAUUCAUUGACACAGUCACAAUUGCAACAUCCAUUGGCAUUAUUGGCUACACAACUUGUACGCACUAUGUACAGUUUUGACAUAUUCUUGGAGACGGAGGGACCAUUGUACAAUCCAGUUGAGUAUCACCGUGAGAAACACUACAUCAAGGCAUUCGCAAAACGUAUACGCGCAAGACCAUAUCGUUAUAUCGAAGGUGGCACUGUUAAUACAUUUAAACAAUAGAAUGUAAGAUUUUUUUGUUUAACAGUUUGUAUACACACCUAGAAUAGUAAUAAAAGAUAAAUAAACAUGAAGAAAA